AUGUUCAGUAAACCGUUAAAAUAUCCCAUUGAUUAUCCUUCAAGGGUGGAUAACGCAAAAUGUGGAAUCGACAAAUUAACAGUUGCUGGAAUAUCCGCUAAAACAUCAUUACCUCCAACUCUAACGGUAUCUCUUCAGCCAGCCGGCCCAACACAAACACCAUUUAUACCGGCGGUCAGCACCACCCCAGGCUACCAAGUGGUCACUACCACACAGGGCCUACCAGCACCCAGCUACACGCCAGGCCCAGGAAUCACCAGCACUUUCCAGUUUCAAACUUUCACACCAGUCCCCCCUCAACUGACCACAAUAUUUUUAGGCACGUUCCUACCUGGUUCAGCCCAAACCACAACGCCACCUUCCCCUACCGUCACUCCAUUACCCUCUCCAACAAGUACCACAUCCACUCAAACCAUCCCUUCUUCUACUACUACUGCUCCAGCUGUAACAUCAUCUGCAACUUCUACCCCUUCUACCACUACUACUACUACGACUACUACUACUACCAAACCUACUGUGUCUUCAAUAACACUUGCGACAAACCAAACAAACGCUUCCAUCGCUACUACAACCACCACGGCAAGCCCUCUCAUUGAUUAUCAUUUAUUUCUUGUCUAUGCCAACCAAUCAAACGCUCUCGCCAAUGUUAAUGAGACGAGUUCAAAUGUCAUCAGUGACGUCAUCAACCAACUGGCCAGUAAGCUUCAAGUCUCCAAUACGUCCAUAGCAACAAAGACUGAUUUGGUCAUUACAAACGCAGGCCAAGCUUUGAGGAUAGUGAAGAGAGCAGUUGCAACAAAUAACGACGUAACGAUGCGUUUUGACGUCACAUCGAAUUUGACCAAUCAGAACGGUGCUUACAGCACCGCUCUUUCCGGUUCGACGAUUAAAGUUGGAGAUGCAUCCUUAACAAACCCUGCUGUUUAUGUCACCACAGAUGGCGAACAGUGCAUCAGCCAGCCGUGCCAAGCUGGUUACGUCUGCAUGUAUGGCUACAACGGCAGCACCUCCGGCUACAACAAACAAUGUUUUGUGGACGCGAGAGCCGCUGUUAGCUCCACAGCCGCCCCCACAAACAAACUCCUCUACCUACUUUUCCUCCUCCUUCUCAUUCCCAUCGCCAUCAUCGUCGCCAUCCUCGCUUACUGCUUCUGCUACAAAAAUAAAACAAGAAAAUCAAAGAAUCACGUCGGCUUCACUUACGACCACCACAACGUCAGCUACGGCAACGACUACAACGACAACAAGAGCGAUAUUAUAAUUAUGGGAGGCGCUGGUGGUGCCGACAAUGGCGGCCCGCCGUCCUACAACUCAAAAAGCGGCAGGAGUGCUAGUGGGGUUUUCGAGAACGAGAAUUAUAAAGGAUCGGAUUAUGGGAACGUGGGAAGGGGUGGGAUUUAUAACUCCGGAGCAAAGUCAGAGGCUGGUGGCAAUGAAGAUAGGUACGCUACUGGGAACGAAACCAUGGGACUGUUUUGA